GACCGGGUGAGUGGGAGAACGGGUGAAUGAGAGAGAAAGACAGGUUGAGCGAAUGCACACUUGUAGUUCAGAGCUAUUGGUUAAAAACUUGCACCGAACUGUUUCACUCUUCAGCUCAACACAUGGGUCAAUGGUCUCUGCUCCCAAGAUAAUAUGAUAUUGUCAACUUUUUCAUCUGAGCGCAGUAGUUCAAGGAAAUGCUAAUAAGACUGGUUCACUGCACCAGGGGUCUGUCCUGAAUGUGUUCGGCAGUCAACAGUAUACUACCCCUGAGUAUCAAUUGUGGGGGGAACUUGGUGCAUCAUCACUUUUGUCCGCCAUGUUGAAUUUAUGUUUGCACAAAUUAAAAACAUAAUGAUAUAUAUACAGAGGACCGACCGUCAUACAGAAUAAGGGUCAAAGAUAACCCAUGGUGGUUUGGACAUAACAUCACACCCUGAAAGUUUACAGAUGGUUUUAAACAUCUGUCACCAUGCAUCAGAAGGUUAAAGUCAGCAGGGAAGAUCACCAAAAAUCUAAUGAAUUACUUAAAAAAAAUGUUUAUGAAUGACUUCUAAGUAAAUGUAUUUAGAUCAAUCCCAUUUAAUGAUUGCCAACAACUAUAUUUGAUUUCAAGGGACUGGCAAAUCCUGGAACACUGCAUGGGGAGGUGUCAAUGUCCACCAAUGUCACUGGAUUCCAGGCACAUCGUUCCCCCCAGCAUUUGGAGAUGGACUUGGCCUGGCAGGAAUUGAUGGCCAUCACAGAACUUCAGGAGUUUGAGGUACCAAAUGAAAACCCCUUUGAAGCAAUUCCAUACUACUCCGCUGAGCCCAUGGUUUCUCAAGGGGGAUUUGGGAUGAAUCAGCCUCAGGUGGAAUCCAUUCCAGGAACUUCUGAUGGUCAUCCUGCAGCAGUUUAUGAGAACUAUUACCCUGAAAUUAUGCCGCCCUACCAGCGCUUCAAUACACACAUGGGAAUGCACUAUGGACUCCCUGGUGGCCAUGCUUCACCCAGAAUUCUCACAAAUACACAAGCUCUCCAUCCACCUCUCUUAAGUCUUUUGGAGCACAUGAGCAUGUCAACACGCAACCAUGGGACUGGAAAAGAUGGCAUUCUCAACCUUCAUGGUUUAGGACAAAUCAAACAAACUUCUACAGAUGAUCUGGAGUCAGAUUCUGGUUUGUCACUUGGUUCAAGUCCGUCACUUGCCUCCCCAGAGAAUGCAGUACAUGCAGUACCAACAUAUUUACCUACAGAUGGAACAAUGGGGUACGCUGAAAGUGAAAUUGAAAGUAUGGGAGAACAAUGCCGCAUAAGGCCAAGUCUACUUGGGUCUGUUGACCACCAGCAGUCCUACAGCUCUUACCCUGGAACUUCCUUUUCCACGGCUGCAAAUUUUCAAUCUGUCAAUCAGCAGACUCAAGUUCACCAGUCAAUUGUGUCGAUGAAGCAACCAGUUUUACCCACAGCCCUGCAUGACCUUCAACUAAAUUGCUCGAGUUUAUCAAGAGUAGGUUCAUAUCAGUCUCCUUACUUAAAGCCAAAACCCAGCAGUGUUCCUGCUACUCUGAGCAGAGAUGAACGACGAGCCCUUGCUCUAAAAAUCCCAUUCUCUCUGGACAAGAUAGUGAACCUGCCAGUGGAUGACUACAAUGAGCUCUUGACCCAAUUCACACUGAAUGACGCACAGCUAGCACUUGUGAAGGAUAUUCGCCGCAGAGGGAAGAACAAAGUUGCAGCUCAGAAUUGUCGCAAACGAAAAAUGGAGAAUAUUGUGCAUUUAGAAAAUGAGUUGGGGCAGCUUCAAGCCCAAAGAGAGCAUUUAACCAGAGAGAGACUUGAGUUUCAGCAAAACCUAGCCAUUAUCAAAUGUCACCUUGCAGAUCUUUACACCCAAGUGUUUUCACAGCUACGAGAUGAGGAUGGACACCCUUACUCGCUUGAUGAAUAUUCACUACAACAGACUAACGAUGGCAACAUUUUCUUGGUGCCACGCAAUACAGCACUGGAGAGUGAAUGAACUUGGUAUCCUGAUGAAUCUUACGAAAACGGUCUAGAAAAUAUUUGGGUCAUAUCUUACCCCAAAAUUGGUAACACUUCACAAUAAGUUUGUAUUUGUUAACAAUAAUGUAACACUUAACAUGAACUUCCAAUGAAUAAUACUUUUACAUCAGUUAGUAAUCUUGUUUGAAGGAAUAUUUCACCCAAAAAUGAAAAUUCUCUAAUCAUUUACUCAUCCUCAUGUAAUCCCAGAUGUUAAUAAAUAAUAAUUAUUUUCUUCUACAGAAAGCAAAGAUUUUUAGAAGAAUAUCUCAGCUCUGUAGGUCCAUACAAUGCAAGUGAAUGGGUACCAAAUCUCCAAAAGCACAUAAAGGCAGCAUAGAAGUUAUUCAUCUGACUCCAGUGGUUUAAUUUAUGUCUUCAGAAGCAAUAUAAGUGUAGGUGACAUACAGAUCAAUAUUUAAUUACUUUUUUUUAAUCUCCACUUUCAUAUUUCUGGCAAUUCACAUUCUUCGUGCAUAUCGCCACCUACUGAGCAGGGAGAAUUUAUAGUAAAAAAGGACUUAAAUAUUGAUAUGUUUCUGACCCACACCUAUCAUAUUGCUUCCAAAGACAUUGAGUACUUUUAAGCCACCUUUGUGCUUUUUGGUUUCAAAAUGUUGGUACCCAUUCACUUACCAAGGACUCCUUCCUGUCCCUAGAUCUCGCCUCUCUGCUAUGGGUGGCAGGUCAUUCAGCACAGUAGCACCCAAUAUAUGGAAUUCACUCCCUCUGACAUUUUGCAGCAUCUCUUCUAUCUCUUGAGUUUAAAUCUCAACUUAAAUCUUUUUUUGUUUUCUCAGUGUUAUUUGUCUUAAUUUGUUAUGUAUUCACUCUCAAUGACUGUACUAUCUGAACUGUUUUUGUGACUGUUCAUUCUUUAUGUAUUAUGUUACUAUUGUAAAGCGUCCUUGAGCUCUGGAAAGGCACUAUAUACAUUAAACAUAUUACUUACAGUUGUGGCCAAAAAUAUUGGCACCCUUGGUAAAUAUGAGAAAAGGAGGCUGUGAAUUUUUUGUAUUGUUUUGUUUAUCAUUUUGAUCUUUCAUUCAAAUUAUUAACAAAGAUCUAUCCUCAAAUGGACAUCAAACAAUUGCAAACACAAAUUAUCAAAAAACAUUUGUCCCCUCAAAUAUAUGUGUGGCACAAUUAUUGGGACCCUUUUAUUCAAUACUUUGUGCAACCUCCCUUUACCAAGAAAACAGCUCUGAAUAUUCUCCUAUAAUUCCUGAGGUUGUAGAACACACGGCAAGGGAUCAGAGACCAUUCCUCCAUCCAGAAUCUCUCCAGAUCCUUCCAAUUCCAAGGUACACGCUACUGGACUCUCCUGUUCAGUUCACCCCAGAUUUUCUAUGGGGUUCAGGUCAGGGUACUGGGAUGGCCAUGACAGAACCUCUGUGGCCAGUGAACCAUUUGUGUUGAUUCUGAGGUUUGUUCUGGAUCAUUGUGCUACUGGUAUGUGGCCCAUUUUACCACAACCACAGCCCAUUUUAAGCUUUCUAGCAGAGACUUUCAGGUUUUGUUUCAUCUGUUAAUCAUUUAAUAGUCAAUGAAGCCAUGUAUCUGAAGAUGUGCAGGACCUCUGGCAUAAAAACAGCACCACAACAUGAAAGAUCAACCACCAUAUUUAACCGUGGGCUUGGGGUUCUUUUCCAUUUGGCUACCUUUGUGUGCAAAACCCUUCUCCGGUGUUUGCUGCCAAAAAGCUCCAUUUCUGUUUUAUCGAACCAUAGAACCCGGUCCCAUUUGAAGUUCCAGUAGUGUCUCGCAAACUUAAGACACUUGGAGUUUAUGAAAGCAGAGGCCAUUUUUCUUUUUUAAACCCUCCUAAACAACUUUAUUUAGGUGACAUCUGAUCGUAGUUUGAGACUUUCUGACCCCAAGACACAACUAAUUUCUGCAAUUCUCCAGCUGUGGUCCUUCUAGAAUUUUUGGCCACUCAAACCAUCCUACUCAGUGUAUGGAGACAAUAGACACACAUCCUCUUUCAGGCUGAUUCUUAAGAUCUCCAGUUGAUUGGAACUUUUUAUUGCCCUGAUGGUGGAAAUGGGCAUUUUCAAUGCUUUAGCCACAUCCCAUUUUGUGAAGCUCAACCUUUCGCCAAACAUAGGAACUUUAUUCUUCGGUCUUACCAAAAAGGAUGGAUAACUGGCUUGUGUAAGUUACACCCCUGUGAAAACAGUAAGUCAUGGCUGAACAAUUUCAUGUUAGUCACCCAGGUGUACAACAUUUUUUUAAAUAUUAAUUCAGAUACAAUAAUAAGAACUUAUAGUUUGCUUAAAAGGUUAGAUUUGUUAAUAUUUUGAAUGAAAGAUCGAAAAGAUACAUUUUUCACAGCCUUCUUGCUCAUUUACCAUGAGUGCAAAUAUUUUUUCCAUAACUAUAUGCACCUACAGAGUGGAUAUAUUUGAAAAACAGCAACAAAUUCAUACAUUUGGGAUGGCAUGAGGGUGAGUAAAUGAGAACUUAAAUUUUUGGGUGAACCAUCCCUUUAAGUUCUACAAAGCUGCAUAAAUUAACAUUUAUGCAGUAUGAACAUGAAUAGUAUUUUGAUAUUCAGUUGACUCAAAUACUGAAAGAAUUAGUUAAUGCCUAAUGGAGUAAUUUUAAAUAACCUUAUCGUGAAUUUAUCAAAUAUAGUGCUGUAAAUCUAAAGCUGAGAAAACCAUUAAGAUUCACAACUACACACCACUCAGUGUCUGAAUGCAUAUUUGAAGUUGUAUUUCAGUAUUUUUGCAUAGUUUAAGAAAUGUGAUGUGGACAUGUUGAAAGAUCAAUCUCAUAAGUCUUUUUAAAUUAAAGUUUCACUUUUCUAAAAAUCA